AGGUCAUGUGACCGUUCAGUCAGCUGGGGAGGACGUUGCAAAGAUGGUGAUAUUCAGUGUGUAUGUGGUGAAUAAAGCUGGUGGUUUAAUUUACCAGUAUGACAAUUAUGUCCCGAGAAGUGAGGCCGAGAAGACAUUCAGUUAUCCUUUAGACUUGGUGUUAAAGCAUCACGAUGAAAAAGUUGUCGUAUCGUUUGGGCAGCGAGACGGAAUUAAAGUGGGACACGCAGUAUUAUCCAUUAAUGGAGUUGAUGUGAUCGGUAAGAAUACAGCAGAUGGAAAGGACAUCCUUGAAUAUUUAAAAGAUCCAGCAAAUUAUCCAGUAUCGAUUCGUUUCGGACGGGCUCGUCUGAGCUCCAAUGAGAAGCUUAUGCUGGCAUCCAUGUUCCACUCGUUAUUUGCAAUCGGUUCACAGCUUUCUCCUGAAGUUGGCAGCUCAGGGAUUGAGAUGCUGGAAACUGAUGUCUUCAAACUUCACUGCUUUCAGACUCUCACAGGGAUAAAGUUUAUUGUGCUGGCAGACCCUCGACAGUCUGGCAUUGAUGCGCUGUUGAAGAAGAUUUAUGAGAUCUAUUCAGAUUUUGCUCUCAAGAACCCGUUCUACUCGCUGGAAAUGCCAAUCAGGUGUGAGCUGUUUGAUCAAAAUCUGAAGAGUGCACUGGAGGUCGCAGAGAAAGCCGGCAACUUUGGAGCUGGCUCUUAAACCAGAUGUUCAGAUUGGAAACAAAAAAGUGCUUUUUUCUGUUUUUUGCUUGUUUUGUCUUCUUUGUUGCUAAUGAAAGCUUUGUAAAUACAUCAUAUUUUGUAAAUACUUGACAGAUUAAAUUCCAAACUGUAUGGAAAUGUCCCAGAUCACUUUUUUCUUGUUUUCACUGCAUGGGCACUGAAUGUUGGAUAAUUUAAAAUAGACUCUUGGACAUUGAGUUUGAAACUAUAUAACAGGAUCAUUUAUUCAAGUGUUUGACUGUCAUAAUGAAGACCACACUUUCAGUAAAGAUUGUGUAAAACUU